GUUAAAUCUCGCGAUACCUUUUCUGUAUAAAUAGGCCGCUUCCUCAUACUACUGUCUCUUUCAUUCGGCUCUGAGACAAAAUGUCUCACCGUAAGUUCUCGGCUCCCCGCCACGGGUCUCUGGGCUUCCUGCCCCGCAAGAGGAGUAGGCGUCACCGUGGUAAGGUGAAGAGCUUCCCCAAGGAUGACCCCACCAAGCCCGUCCACCUCACGGCCUUCCUGGGCUACAAGGCCGGCAUGACCCACAUUGUCCGUGAAGUCGACCGACCUGGCUCAAAGGUCAACAAGAAGGAGGUUGUUGAGGCCGUCACCAUUGUGGAGUGCCCUCCCAUGAUCGUGGUCGGUGUUGUGGGCUACAUCGAGACCCCCCGCGGUCUGCGUGCCAUCAAGACCAUCUUCGCCGAGCACAUCAGUGACGAGUGCAAGCGUCGCUUCUACAAGAACUGGUACAAGUCCAAGAAGAAGGCCUUCACCAAGUACUGCAAGAGAUGGCAGGACGACGACGGCAAGAAGCAGCUGGAGAAGGACUUUGCGUCCAUGAAGAAGUACUGCCACGUCAUCCGAAUCCUGGCCCACACACAGAUGAGACUCAUUCCCAUUAGGCAGAAGAAGGCCCACCUCAUGGAGGUGCAGCUCAACGGUGGCUCCAUCUCGGACAAGAUCGACUGGGCCCGUGAGAAGCUGGAGCAGUCGGUGGCCAUCACCACCGUGUUCUCCCAGGACGAGAUGAUCGACGUCAUCGGAGUCACCAAGGGACACGGAUACAAGGGUGUCACCAGCCGUUGGCACACAAAGAAGCUCCCCCGUAAGACCCAUCGUGGUCUGCGUAAGGUGGCCUGCAUCGGGGCCUGGCAUCCAGCCCGAGUGGCGUUCUCUGUGGCCCGUGCCGGUCAGAAGGGAUACCACCACCGCACAGAGAUCAACAAGAAGAUCUACAAGAUCGGCCAGGGCUACCACACCAAGGACGGCAAGCUGGUGAAGAACAACGCUGCCACAGAGUACGAUCUGUCCAACAAGAGCAUCACCCCCCUGGGUGGCUUCGUGCACUACGGCGAGGUGACCAACGACUUCCUCAUGCUGAAGGGCUGCACCAUCGGCGUGAAGAAGAGGGUUCUGACCCUACGCAAGUCUCUGCUGGUCCAGACCAACCGUCGCGCCUCGGAGAAGAUCGACCUCAAGUUCAUCGACACAACAUCCAAGUUCGGACACGGUCGCUUCCAGACCAUCGAGGAGAAGAAAGCGUUUAUGGGACCACUCAAGAAGGACCGUCUGGCCAAGGAGGAGACGGCCUAAGAUUACUUUCCAGAAGCUCUCUCUGGAUGUGUUUGUCUCAAACUGUUCUGCAGAGUUCUUUAAUAAAACGACCAAACUACAAACUCUUGCUCUGCCUCUUUUU